GAAAAGCAUCACAGAAGAAUAAAGUACAAGCGAGAAAGAGUGACUAGAAAAGAAAAAAAUGGCCAAACAGAUUAUUCUGAUUUUUGUAAUUUUAAUCGCUUUUUGUGCGUUUACUAUUUCCUACCCUGCUCCUGACGCCGUUUUCGAGCCGGAAUUCGCCCUUCGGGACUACUCGGGCGAAAGACGAAGAUACAAUUUAAUCCCCGAGUACGAUUUUGGCGAAGACCAAGCCUUGCAUCAUUCCGAUGACGCUUUCCCCACUGUUACAUAAGAAAAUUUCGUGUAAUAAUAAAAUAUUU